AUGAACAUUGGUAUCAUUGGUCUCAUUGGCACUGGUGGUCUCGGAUACAGUGGCGUUAAGUACUACCCACUUGGCUACCACAGAGAACGCCAAUAUGGGCUCGAGUCUAUGGCAGGCGGCCACCGCGGAGAUGCUGGAAGAGGCAUUGGCCUCAUCGGCACCGGAGGUCUCGGAUACACUUGUGUAAAGUAUGGACCCGUCGGCUAUGGUUUUUGGACUGGUCACCAUUAUGGAGGAGCUGGGGUCAACAUUGGUCUUAUCGGCACGGGUGGACUCGGAUACAGUCCUAUUAAGUUCGAGCCCCUAGGCUAUGGUUCCUCGACUGGCAGUCAUUAUGGAAAGGCUGGGAUCAACGUUGGUCUCAUUGGUACUGGUGGUCUAGGAUACAUGUACGACCCCCUCGGGUAUGGAAGUGAACGUCAGUAUGAAUACGGGUCUUCGACCGGCAGCCACAGCGGAGUGGCUGGGACUCCCAUCGGUCUCAUCGGCACCGGUGGUCUCGGAUACAAUUGUGUUAAGUACGCAACCCUCGGCUAUGGUUCUUCGACUUCUGGCCAUUAUGGAAGAGCUGGGAUCAACAUUGGCCUCAUCGGUACAGGUGGUCUCGGAUACAGUGGUGCUUACUACGAGCCCCUAAGCUACGGUACUUGA